AUGUCCAUGGGAGCCCACAUCAGAGCCGUAACAGAAAAGGCCAACAAGGCCUUGAACAACAUCAGUCGCCUUCUACCAAAAGUGAAUGGGCCUAGUGAAAGCACCAGGAGGAUAUUAUGCUCAGUAGUGACUUCAAUACUACUAUAUGGCGCCUCAAUAUGGGAGCAAGUAGUUGAGAAGAAAGUCUAUAAAAGGAUUCUGAGUAGUGUUCAAAGGAGGGUAGCCAUAAGAGUCUCCGAAGCAUACAGAACAACUUCCAAUAAGGCACUUAUGGUGAUAGCUAGGAUCCCACCUAUUAAUCUCCUAGUUAAGUGCAGAGCCCGUAUAGAGAAAGAUGGACCAGACGCUAAAUCGGAAGCACAAAACGCGGUGAUGUUGUGCUGGCAAGAGGAAUGGGACAUAGAUGAUGGUACAGCGGAAUGGAGUAAAAAGCUAAUUCCAAAUAUAAGACCCUGGUUUGAGAGACGACACGGUGAAGUAGAUUUCUUUCUUACACAAAUACUCACCGGGCACGGGUGCUUUGAAGCCUACUUCAAACGUUUCAAUCUGGCCGAAACCGAGGAGUGCCUUUAUUGCAUAAACGUGGAUACGGUUGAACACACUCUAUUUUUCUGCCCAAGAUGGAACAUGCAGCGGAAUAUAGCAGAGCAAAUACUCGGUCACAUAAGCCCAGACAACCUAGUAGAAAAAAUGUUAGAGUCACCGACAAAUUGGGACCACGUCUGCAAAAUGGCAAAGCAAAUACUUUCUGCCAAGAGGAUAGAACGGCCAAAUCUUAUACAAGCUCGCUGA